UGUGCCCUCAUCGCGCUUAGAGUCCACGACGAUGAGUGCGAACAAGUACGCCAAUCUUCCUGAUAUCGAUACAACAGCUCCCGAUAUCUAUGAGACGGAAGAUGUCUUCCCCAUUCUUCAUGACAAUAAAGGUGAAUCAAGCGAUGAGGAGCAGAGCCAGGCAGCGCGUCCCCAUCAGCGAGGGAAGAAUGAACCAUCUGGGAAAGAUGAGCUUGACUCUACGACGGUGAGCCCCGAGGAGGCGACUAAGAAGUUCAAGAAAGCAGAGCGAAGGCAUCAUCGGCCACGAAUACAGUACGUCUACCCCCCGUCGCCGACAUCGGACGAGUCCGCUAUAUCAUCUCCUGCCGCAACGCCAGUAAUGUCUCUCUCUCAACGACUGCGCCUAUUACAGGCUGAGCUGGCUGUCCUUGAGACCGAGCUCGCGGACCCAUCAAACCCGCUGCUGCAGAAAGAGCGAGAAGGGGGCCAUGAUCCAGGCGAGUUGAUCAGAGGAAUGGUGGACGUGAAGAGCAGACUGGAGAAGAUCAGUAAGGUGAAAGAAGGCAGGGGAAAGCUGGUCAGCACGGUCUUGGGUGAGGAUGGAGUGCAGAAUGGAGAAGGCCCUGGGAGGGCGGAGCGGGAGGAUCGAGCGGAUGGUAAAGGAAAACCUAAGACCACGAUUAGGAUUGAUGCAUCCGUGGGCGAGAUAUCGAAGACGCCCGACGUCAAAGAUAUUGCCGAGAUGGACCGUCGCGUGGGCGAAUUGGAGAGGCUAGUUGGUUCAUCCAGCACCGCUCUGGACGAGCUUACACCAAUGCCGCCACCUUUGCUGCCAACAGUGACGCGUCUAAAUGCCCAAUUAACACUGCUCACGCAACCCCGCCACGUCGACUCAAUAUCUCGCCGUCUGAAAUUGCUUCUUUCCGACCUUGAGCGAGUCGCGAGUGCCAACGCCCAUCAGCAUGGCGCACAGCGCCGUCAACAGUCGUCACAUCACUCGCCCAAUCCUGCGUCCCCGCACGCUAGCCCUGCAUCCGGGCCCGUGUUUGCGAUGCCUCCCGCUGUGUAUGACCAGCUGACGCCCGUUCUGACACGCCUUGCACCGCUGUUGCCACAUAUACCACAUAUACUGAUACGUCUACGGACGUUAUAUGCACUGCAUACGUCUGCAGCGUCGUUUCAGACAACGCUGGAAGGCCUAGAAGAGGAACAGCGGAAAGUGCACAGCGCACUGGAGGAGCUGGAGCGUGCAGUCAGCGGCGUGGAGAGCAGCAUGAAGGAGAAUGAAGACGUGAUCAAGCGUAAUGUCAAAGAACUCGAUGAGAGGGUGGAGGAAUUGGGGAGGAGAGUGGAGGAGCUGAAGGUUGCUCAGGAGUGAGAAUGCCAUAGAGUGGGCCAAACCACGGAUACCCGCGAUUGACACAGUUACGUUUCCCCGAAUACCCUUCUGUGUUUCAUGAUACUGCAUUCUUUGGCCAGUCGACCGCA